AUGGAUCACGAGGAGCAUGUCCUCAACUUAUCUGACGUGGUACACGACGAGACUAUCGACGACGAAUCACCCCACGACGUGGACGGAGCCGACAGCCCCACUGACUCGCGGCCCUCAGACUAUGACGCGGCCUCAAGCAUGCUGCCGCUGCACGAUAACUACAAUGUCUCCGAGCACUCGACUCACUCGCUCGGUUCUGCUGAUUCUUACUCGGUCGAGAUGCUCGAACGUGAAAUAGCAACUUUGCUCAACCAUAACGCCUCUGCGGCGUCUGCAGCUCUUUUGAAUGCUGCUGCACAGCAGCGUCAAGCAAGUAUCGAACUCGGGAGGGAGCCAGGGGAGAUGCUGGAUAGCACCUCGGAUAAUAUCCCUGGCCUCGGUCUUGGCCUGAGUGGUCUGGCCGCUGUGUUGCAGGCCGUGCAUGCUCAAGGUUUAAACUCGCGUCUGGAAGACCAACACGAGCCGCCAAAGGAGCAGAAAACGACUAGAACAGCACCUGCCUUUCAUUCUCUCACUGCCAGUGAGACAUUCGACGACUCUUCAGGGAAGAGAAAGAGGGUGGAUGGGAGGAGUGGCUCCGAAGGAUCAGAUUAUUUGUUCACAGAAGAAAGGCAGGAAGGAAGCGAUGGGGAGGACUUCGCGAAUCCCGAAGGCAAACUACGACAUUCAUCCUCACCCCAUCGUCAAACGGAGGACAGCACAGGCGCCGAUGAGCUACCACCUGUUCCCGCCGAGUUCUCAGAUAUCAACGACAUCCUGAAUCAACUCUCCGCACAGUUCGAACCUGAUGCCUCCCACGAACACGCUCAUGAGCUCUCACCGCCAGAUUCACCCCCUCCUGUCAUUGCGCAUGAACAGCAGAAGGUCGAACCAGAAAUCCCCAUCACGCAACCACCCCCCAUUCCCGUUCUAGCGCCCUCAAAUCGUGCCGGCCCUUCCCAACCGGUCGCGUCAACGUCUUACUCAGCCCCUCCUCCCGAAACAUCGACCAAACGGCCGCGAAAGACCCAAGGUCGAGAACGAGGUCCUAAUACGCAUACGUGCGAAGAGGAGCAUUGCCAGAAAUCUUUUACUCGUCGCAGCGAUCUCGCUCGGCAUAUGCGCAUCCACACUGGCGAGAGACCCUUCGUCUGCUCGCAUGAAGGUUGCGGGAAGACAUUUAUUCAGCGCUCAGCCCUGCAUGUCCAUUCACGGGUUCAUACUGGAGAGAAGCCGCACUGCUGUGAAUACCCGGGUUGCGGCAAGACUUUUGGAGAUUCUAGCAGUUUGGCCCGCCAUCGGCGAACUCAUACCGGCAAGAGACCGUACAAGUGCGAGGACCCGAGCUGUGAGAAAACAUUCACUCGACGGACGACAUUAACGACCCACAUGCGGACGCAUGACCCCAAUUGGGAGCCUGACCCAAAUGUAAAAUACAACUUCAAAGGCAAGAAGCGGAAACUGGAUGACGAUGAUGACCAGGAGUUGGCUGAGUCUGUCAGAACGAUCUCGGCCUUGUUCCAGGCGGGAGGGAAUUCGAUGUUGCCUACGCGGGAUCCUGAUGAUGAGCCGUUAGAGGUGCGGGUUGCGAGUAUCAGCGCGGAAAUCGCAGCAGCGAUAGCGCAGGCCCAAUCACGGACAUACGAAGAUGAGGAAGACGAAGAGGAGGAGGAGGAAUCAGGAUCAGGGCAAGAGAUGGGCGGUAUCGAGACAAUAGGGCCCAAUACGAGCGGCAUUCGCAGUGGGGAAGCGGGGUUGGGGGACAAGGAGGGCGGAAUGGAAGUGGGUGACGAUGAUGAGGACAGCGAUGCGUUCCCAGCGCCUCUGCGCGCACGAAAGGCGCGGGAGCUGGCGGCGUCCGGGAGCAAGAGGAAGCGGUAG